AUGAGCGACAGCGCUACUGAAGCUGGCCCGUCGUCGUCCGGCGCCGGUGCGGCCUCGGGUGGGCGAAUGUUCCUGCAUGCUCCUCCACCAGUGAUAAAUAUCAUAGCUCCGACAGACCCGCCGAGCAUCAACAACAAUAUAGAGCCGGGCCCAUCGGGGGACAACCGCAAUCAGCAGCAGUCUCCUUCCUCGGAUGAUGUUUUAACUAACUCAAAUACAGAACAAGACAAAGUUCAAGACAGUUUUCAGUGUAACUUUGGGUUUUUGCUCGGGGAAAAAGUCAGUCUUUCAACGCUUCAGGUGCAACAGCCAAUUGAUCUGGAUUACUCUGCUAUUCCAAAUAAAUCUGAACUUACAAACUUCAUUGGAAAAACCAAAAAGAGACGAUUCUAUUGCAGGAGAGGGGCAGUAGUUUUACAACAAUCUCCGGUUGGGAGAUAUUUCCAAGGUGAAAGAAAGUUAAGACUAGCAGCUCAACAGGGGGAUUACAGAGAAGUUUUGAAGCUGUUGGAUGAAGGUAUCAAUCCAAAUAGAGGGGAUGACAAAGGAAGGACCGCUCUUCACUUUGCAAUCACAAAGGGCUUCCGAGAAAUAGUGCAAUUACUCCUUGAUAGAGGAUCAGAUGUAAACCAGAAAGAUGGCAUAGGCAAUACUCCAUUACAUUUAGCUGCAAUAGGUAGUCAUAUCUCUAUGGUGACCACACUCUUAGAAGCCGGGGCUAAUGUGCAGGUCCUGGACCGGGGCGGACACACCCCAUUUCACCUUGCCCUAAGUCGUCUUCAGCACCUCCGAUCAAACGCGUCUGUCCAAGAUAUUCAUUUCAGACAAGAAAUUCUUACGAUAAUGGGAAUGCUUAGAGUGUAUGUAUCAUGUCGAGGCCAACAGGAAAAUGCCAUGCAGUUAGAACAAAUGUCUGUCAAAUUAAGAGAAACAGAGAAGAAAGAAGAGGUGGAUAUACUGCAAGAUAUGCUUGAGGGAUUUACUAAGAUGAACCUCACCAAACAGUGAGUCGCAGACACAGAGAGGGAGAGAAAGACACAACAGUAAUGUAGCCCAGACCUGGACAUGGAGACCAUGUAAUGUGGAAUAUUUGAGUUCUAGGACCUGGACUUCCAGGACUUGAGACCAUGAAAUGUGGAAUAUUUGAGUUCUAGCACCUGGACUUGCAGGACUUGAGAUCAUGAAAUGUGGAAUAUAUGAGUUCUAGGACCUGGACUUGCAGGACUUGAGAUCAUGAAAUGUGGAAUAUUUGAGUUCUAGGACCUGGACUUCUGGACUUGAGAUCAUGAAAUGUGGAAUAUUUCAGUUCCAGGACCUGGACUUCCAGGACUUGUGCCUUUGAAAUGUGGAAUAUUUGAGUUUUAGGACAUGGACUUGAACUCUGUCAUAAAAGAAUUAUCAGUUGAAAUAUGUAAGGACAUUUUUUUCUGUCUCAAACAGUAUUACAUGUAGGUCUAGGUCCUCUACUCCAAUUUAAUAGGAAUCCCUUGUAAAACUAAGUCCUUGCCAGGGAAAUAACUGGGAGUUAUGGAGCAAGGCCAGGGCAGCGUUUCAUCAAUAUUUUUGUCCGACAAGUUGUCAGAUCUGACAUCUUUCCUUGAUUUUGAUUUGCUGAAAGGCACUGUUACUAUGGUAACUGUCGGUUAAAACAGGAUUUGUCGGAUGAAAUGUCCGACGAGUCCUUUCAUGAAACGCUCCCCAGGUUUUGAUUUAAGAUGCCUUUUGAAUAAUACAUUCAGCUUGUUGCAUGUUACUUGCAUCUAAAUACAACUCAGAAACUUUUAAUUACAAUAUAAUGUUUGGCCAAUUCAAAAUUUUAUGUGAGGAUUUGCAAUUGACUGUUGGGGAUGUGUUCAAUCGCAGAUCUUAUGCAACAGGCUCGGUGUACAUACAUCCUUUUCAUCGAUUAACUACUUUAUGAAAGGUUCCAGUUCAUGCUUUAGAGCGAGACUAUUUGUGAGGAAGGUCAGGAAUUCCCAUGUUAGAACAUUGCAAGUCCUGGUCUUAGCCCAGGGCACUACUAGUGAAACUUUAAACCUCAUUGCUGCUGUACACAUAUGUUCACAUAUAACAGUUCUUAAAAUCAUGGCUGUCGAUUUGUGUUGUGAAUCUAUCGUUCAAGGGGGAUGAUCUGUUGUUUCACCCCUCCCCCCCACUUGAAUAGUAUGACGUCAUGGAUCGACACCAUUGCUUAAAAUCCACAUGAGGAACUCUUAAGGUCCAGCUUAUUUAAAUGGAACAUGACAGGUCCAGGUCCUAGCCUAGAGGCUUGUGGAACCUAGAACUACAUUGCUGCAACACACAGAUCAUUGUUUAGACUCCACGUGAGGAAAGUCUACCAUUCUGAAAUGGAACAUAACAGGUCCAGGUCCUAGCCAAGAGACUUACUCGUGGAACCUACAAUUUCAUUGUUGCUACAGACAGUAUUCAGGAUAUCCCUCAUGAGUUCAAGAUAUGUAUUCAGUCAUCCUCACUGUGCUUCAAUUGGUGCUAGCUUACAAGCAGUAGAGAGUGGAUGAAUCAUGAACUUGCAAAAUGAUUAUUCUCUAAUUUUGAUGUUAGUCAGUGGCACCACGCCUUUGUCAGCAUCAGUUGACUUUAAAAGUCACAAUCUUAACAUUGAACUGAAUAAUCUUUUAGUGUUUUUUUUUCCAUUGACCAUCUUACCAGCAGAUCUAAAACAGAUAGUCUGCUUAAGGAGGAAAUUCCAUUGGAGGUCCUUAGGAUCUAGUUUUGGAUUAUAUGUCUGCUAUGUACAUGUACAUGUGUAUGUUGAAAAAAAUUACUGUUGGAUGAGUAAACAUUCUUUAUUGUCUAGAGUUUUCAUUCAUGGCAAAUUACUUGAAAGCAAUGACAUUUAAAAUAUAACUGUUCUGUAAUUAUUUUUUGUAAGGUUUCUGGCGAGUAAUUUCUGCCAUUGUUGUCCCUUGUCAUAAAAUCAGGGUUUAAAGUGAGUCUAAAUCUUUUGAAUGACUAAAAGCUUAUAAAUCCAGUGUUGUUUUGAAGGGUUUCUUAAAUGAUAAUUUCCCAUCAAUUGAUUAAGCUAGAGGAUACUAAAAAUCUUCCAAUUAAUGGUUUAAAGAUGUCUUUGCAGAUGACGCUUUUUUGACAAUUAUUUCAACUACUAAUAUCAGAAAAAUAAUGGCAGAUAUUUUAAAAGUUCAAAUGAGACAUGUGGUAGUUCGAAUUUGUCAACAAAAUUGUCCUAAUCCUAUGGAACUACACAAACAAUAAAAAAACAGGCACAAAUAUUUCUUACCGCAAGUGUACUGUAUCUUGAUACAGGUGGAUUGUUGGGUCGUCAUCCUAAACUAAAUGAUCAAAUUCGCAUCAUUGAUUUCAUGUUUGUGCUUUUUAAUUAAAUUAAAUUUAUUAGCAUCGGCACGAUGAUAUGGAUCUAAUACAGUGUGUGUGUAUGUAUAUGCAAACAUGUAGAACUGCCUUGUGUACCAAACACAUCACAUUCAAAUUUCAUGUACCAUACAAAUUUUCCUCACUACUGUUAUGUUGUGAGUGGUUGUUUCUGGCCAAGAACAACCAUACAGAAUUGAUUAUCUGACCCACAUCCGCCUUCCUUACAUCACAAUAUGCUUCAUCAAAGUGAAAUUAAGUGCCACAGUCACCAUUUUUGGUAAGAUAUCAUUUGCGACAUCCCAAGUGGCUGUUGUUUAGAGAAUAAGUGACCCCACUUUUCGCCAUUCUAUUUGCAUCGUUAGUAUGGUUCAAUCUUUGAUUAUUGUUAGCUUGAAGGUGAUGUUCAAAGAUUUUUACUCUUUCAAAAGGUGACUUGCCUCGAGUCAUCUCCUUAAUUCACCUUAUUCUCUGCAAACAUUUGAAUUAUCAGAAUUAUCAUAGAUCAUAUUAUAAUUUUUUUUUUUUUAGCCAGAAACCUUACAUUGAAAAUUACAAGCACAGAUAAGCACAUGUGGGUAUGUGUUUUAUUGUUGCUUGAAAAAAUACUAAUCAACUAGCAGAAUGCCAUGAUUAUGUUGCAAAUUUCUGAGCAAUUAUUCAUUCUCUACCGGAAUACCUUUAUUCAUGCAAACAGUGUAGAAAUACUUGGGCACUAGGCCUGUAUCGUUCAAAGUCAUGUGAUGUUUGUUACCUCUACUGGAAUUCAUUUUUGAGUUGUCUAUUUUGCAAUUUGUAUGGCCCGUAUUCUCAAAAGAGGUUUCAAUUUUACCAUGGUAUAAAAAUCCAGGGAUUAUGCAGAUUUCUUGUGUUGUCAUGCUUCAAUUAGACCCCCUUUGCCAAAAAGUGUACAUUUUAUUCUUGGACUUUUCUGUAAAUUGUAUGCGAUGAAAUAAGUGUAAUUAUUUAAACAAAUCUGCGUAGUUCAUGGUUGUGUAUCAUGGUACAUUUGUGACCAGCCACGCCGAAACCAACAAUGAGUCGCCCAAAAUGAAUUUUGAGAUUUUAAUCUAGUUUGAAAAAGCUUUAAAAUUAUAUAUAGUUUGUCUAAAUUGAUCAACAAUACCCCACUGAAAUACUUAAUAGAAUGCAGAAGACACAAAGCAUGAGCUUCGGAAAAAAGGAAGACACAAAGCAUGAGCUUCGGAAAAAACAAGGGGAAAACAACGUUUGAAGUUUGUGUUUACUCAAGCAUGAGAUGUGCAAACCAUGCAAUUUCAAUUAAACUGGUGUCAAACAAACUCUUGUAUCUUGUCUUCUAAUUGAGUUUACAAUUUUAAAUUUUUACAGCAUAAAAAAAUUGAAUACUCCUUCAGAUAAUGCCAAUGUACAAAUUUGGGCUUUUUGAAGACCAAUUUACUAUUUUGACUAUUACAGAUAACCUUCCCUGGCGACUUAUUGGUGGUUUGGGGUGGCUGGAAACCUCUUUUGAGAAUACAGGAUAAUGAGUGUGUCAUCAAUUUGUACCUGAAGCAAUGUAACUUAUAUAUUUUUAGGAAUCACAAGAUAUCCAACCUUCAUGAUGUUUGUGGACAAUCUCCCGCCCUCUUGCUGCAUUCAUGCAGCUGUAAAAAGAUUAUAGACCCUCGGUGCUUUUUAUAUUUCUUUCCUUAUUUUUUUUAAAAUCUUGUAUCAUGCCAUUUAUCAGUUUUAUCUUGUUAUUAUGUGCCAUGUCCUGAUGAAGUCUGAAAUUUUUCUCUUUGCAAAUAAGUUUUUAAGUAAGGUAGUGUAAAUUUGUUUCUUUUUUAACUCCACACACAUCAAUCCAAUAUUUCUUCUUUUAGAUUUAGAUACCGGUCCAGGCCCACAAAAGCAAUUUUAUUAUUGCUAAUGGUUUACCAUUGGUCGGUUUGGAGUCAUUUGUCAUUUUCAUGGGUAUGACUGUAGCAUUGCCAUUAGUGAAGCUAGGCUCUGACAACGUUUAGGGCCUGAUUUCAUAAAAAAAGUUGUUGUGUCAAUUUUCACUGGAAGAGCCAAUCGGGAAGCAGAAUUUUCAUUUUUUGUCAUGGUACAUGUAGUUGACAUUCCAGCAAGGGUUGCUAUCAUAGUAACUUUUUUGUGAAAUGGGGCCCAGGUCCUUCAGUCUACAUUCACAUAGCUGAACUGGGGUAGUGUCUCAUUACACAAAUGGUGUUUUUCUCAAACUAAUUUGCUCUGAGCCAAUCAGAUGCCUGGAUUUCAGUAGUUUAUAACAAUACUUAGUAUCGCUAGCAUUUUGUUUCAUGAAAGGCUCCCCGGGUGUAAAUCUGCAGUUCUACAAUGGAUUACUCUCAUUUGAGAUACUUCUGACUACUAUGCUCUUAUGUAUCCGUACUGUGUUAACUUGCCCUCUUUGCUCUAAUUUUAACCAUCAAGAAUAACUUGUAUCUGUGAUUCCAACUUUCAGUUUUACUAGUGUGUAUACCAAAAAUUAUGAUAAAACGACAAACAAUUUGUCAUUAGCAUUCUUGCUAUGCAUGAGUACAUGUAGCAGAGCAAAUAAUUUGGAAAUUUUUUCAUUUGUGCCAUAUUUUCCUUUUAGGUCUUUUUUGUUUGUUGACGUUACUCUUCAUUUUGUUUUGAAGAGCGCAUUGUCAUUGUCCCUAUUUAUUAUUAAUUUUCUGAUAUUUUGGAUAGAAAUGUAAAAUAUUCAUUGAUUUUUUACAGCCGAAAUCAGAAUGUUUGUUUAGUAAUGACAGAAUAUGCUGCCCUAUUUUUCUCUCUUUCUCUUUCCUUUUUUCUUCAGUUUUUGAUCAUACAAAAAUCAUGUGGUGCUGCCCUGUCACUUGCAAAAAAACCCAGCUUUUUUAUUAAAAAAACCAUCUCAAAACAUAACACCCUCCCUCUGCUUUGUGUUAUACAAGUAUUAUGUUUGUCAACAUUUUUUGUUAAAUUGUUGAAUGCAGCCUAGCUUCAAUAUUCUGUGGUUUGUUUUGAAUGCAUAUUUGGACAUUUUCUUGAUACCAUCUAACAUGUCCCCAAUAAAGUCCUUCUUUUGAUACGACCCUCCAACGUUAGACAGGAAUUGGUUUUAGUAUUCCAGAGCCUAGUGAAUAGUUUCUGGUAGUUUGUGAUAUCUUACAUUAAAUCCUUAUUGUAUUUCUUUCAUUUGCUAAUGACAAACAUAAGGGGAUAAACCUGUAUUGAAUUGAAUUUCUUGUAUUCUGUGUAGUGUAAUGCAGUAACAUGCGUGCUGUACAUGGGUUUAUAGCUUUUGAAGUCGUACACAUGUCAGUAAAGUGUAUUUCUGUUUGCCAAAAAUUAUUUUUUUGAUUGCCUCUUCCUCAGGUGGUUGCUGGUGGCAGGGUGAAAGGUCAGAGGUCAUUUUAUACAUUGAAAUAUGUUCUCGCGAUUACCAAAUAAAUGUUUGAGGGACCUGGGGCCCGUUUCAGAAAGAGUUACAACUGUUGUAACUUUGUCAUUAUCGUAACUACCAUGGUAACCUUGAUUUUGAUUGGCUGCUGAGCCUAGCUGUUGCCAUGGUAGUUGCCAUAAUGGCAAUGUUACAACAGUUGUAACUCUUUAUGAAACAGGCCCCAGGUCCCUCAAACAUUUAUUUUGUAAUCGCGAGAACAUAUUUCAAUGUAUAUAAUGACCUCUGAUUCUUGAUUGGCUCACGUAUGUGUAUGGGAAUAACAAUGGUCUGAUUAGACUUGAGGUCAUAUGGACAAAGGUCACAGAGGUCAUUAAUUUAACCUUUCCAGAAGUUAGCUGUGUAAUACUAAUUAUCUGGCAACGGGGGAGGCAUACAUUUCAACUGCAUGCAGUCAAUAAAUCCAUCUGUUUGUGGUUUCCGGGGGGGGGGGGGGGGGCACUUGCAUUGACGAGUGGAUACCAUGUGCGACCAUGGGGCCUCGAAAAGCACCCUAAACAAGUAUUUUCCAUAUUCUGAAAAUGCGCCCCUUAACAAGUAUUGGAAACAAAAGGAUACUCUUGGCAAGUAUUCCCUGAAUUGAACCCCUAAACAAGUACAGCGAUAUUCUAAUUAUGUCACGGACGUCGAUUUUACCUUUACCUAUAUCAUUGGGUUUAGUGCGGCCCAACCUCCCACACCACGAGCAAAUCGUACUACUGUUGGGGCAAAAAGUACAUCCUUUAUAAAACAUUUUAGUUUUUUAUACCCUCGCAAAAUACCCUAAACAUGUAGCUUUCCUAGCGAAAUAGAUACCCUUUGUCAUUAUUUUAGUGUUUUAAUUUUUACGUAUACGUAACAUGCCCUAUCUUGAAAAAGACAUCUUUUUUAUGCGUUUUUUUGGUCGCGCAUGGUAUCCACUCGUCAAUGCAAGUGCCCCCCCCCCCCUUUAAAUUCAUGUCAGAUAGAAAGUGAAAACUUAAUACAAGCUGGAACCAGAAGAUUGUCUCAGACUGCGAUGUGAUUUUCAAACAAAUCACACUUGGUUUAAAAAUUUGAAAGUUCCAAGAAGUAACAUGAUUUUAUUUGAAGUUCAGCAAAAUGCAAUGAAUACUAAAGUCAGAAUUCUGCUUUGGUGCAAGCCUUGUGGUCGGAGAAAAAUCCAAAUCGGCUUCGAGUCGCAGCCAAUGAUGACCUCAUUAUGAUUUCAAAUUGAAUUUGCUUUUAUUACUACAGGGAGGCUAAAAAUAUAGUGGAAUUUCGAUUUUGAAAUUCAUCCUACUGUUCAGAACUUUGAUCGUUCAGAUUUUGUAGGUUGAAACGUUUAUAGCAAACGCUAUAAUUUCUUUGAAAAUCAGAGUGCAACGAAUCGUGCAGUGUGCGCUGGGCGUAAGUUUCUUCAACGUGUUGGGACCUUUUAAAUGAAAAAAAGGAGUAUGGUCAUAACAAAAAAUGACCAAAGGAUGGAUUUUAUUUUUCUUCCAACAUGUGCUGUCUACUCCCCUACCCCUCCAACAAUAACAUUCAACGAAAAUGUGCGAUAUAUGUAGAUUAUCGCAGUUAGAGUCUAAUUAAUUACUGAAAUGCAUGUUAUGUGUAUAUUAUGUAUAUAGACACGAGUCAAUCACUCUAGCAAAGAGGAUGAUUAAAAUGACAGACCCAGAUAUUGUCUGGGAUAUUGUA